CCGCCUCCCGCCGCCUGCGCGAGCGAGCGAGCCCCGGAGCACCUGGGCGGGCGCCGGGCUGUCCCCGCCGGACCCCCAAGCAUGGUUGACUAUAUUGUGGAGUACGACUAUGAUGCUGUCCAUGACGACGAGCUAACUAUCCACGUGGGGGAAGUCAUCAGGAAUGUGAAAAGGCUACAGGAAGAAGGAUGGCUGGAGGGAGAAUUAAAUGGGAGAAGAGGAAUGUUCCCUGAUAAUUUUGUGAAGGAAAUUAAGCGAGAGGCAGAAUCCAAGGAUGACGGUUUGCCCAUCAAACGGGAGAGGCAUGGAAAUGUAGCAAGUCUUGUUCAGCGAAUGAGCACUUACGGACUUCCAGCUGGAGGGAUUCAGCCACAUCCACAGACCAAAAAUAUUAAGAAAAAGACAAAAAGGCGACAGUGUAAAGUUCUUUUCGACUACCUUCCACAAAAUGAGGAUGAGCUGGAGCUGAAGACAGGUGACAUCAUUGAUAUUAAUGAGGAGGUGGAAGAGGGCUGGUGGAGUGGAACCCUGAAUAAUAAACUGGGCCUGUUUCCCUCCAACUUUGUGAAAGAAUUAGAGAUACUAGAUGAUGGUGAAACUCACGACACUCAAGAGGAUUUAGAAACUGUUUUGACUGGACCUACCUCUCCUUUACCAUCUCCGGGGAAUGGGAGUGAAACUACACCCGGAUCAGUUACACAGCCAAAGAAAGUUCGUGGAAUAGGAUUUGGAGACAUUUUUAAAGAGGGUUCUGUGAGACUCAGGACAAGAGUGCCCAGCAGUGAGACAGAAGAGAAAAAAACAGAAAAGCCUUUAAUCACACAGUCACUGGGACCCAAAACUCAGAAUAUAGAGAUUACAAAAAUAGACAAUGAAGGUAAAAGUAAAGCUAAGGAAUAUUGUAGAACAUUAUUUGCCUAUGAAGGAACCAAUGAAGAUGAACUUAGUUUUAAAGAGGGGGAGAUAAUCCAUUUGAUCAAUAAGGACACUGGAGAAGCUGGCUGGUGGAAGGGUGAACUGAAUGGCAGAGAAGGAGUGUUUCCAGACAACUUUGCUGUCCAGAUAAGUGAGCUGGAUAAAGAUUUCCCUAAACCAAAGAAACCCCCUCCUCCAACCAAAGGUCCAGUUCCAAAACCUGACCUGCUUCCUUCAGAGAAGAAAAGUUUUACUCUAAAGCCUGAAGAAAAAGAUGAAAAAUCACCACUGGAACAGAAGCCUUCUAAACCAGCUGCUCCACAGGUCCCGCCCAAAAAGCCUGCACCACCCACCAAAGCCAGUAAUUUAUUGAGGGCUCCUGGGACAGUGUUCCCAAAGCGACCCGAGAAACCAGUUCCUCCUCCACCUCCUGUUGCUAAAAUUAAUGGAGAAGUUUCUACGAUUUCAUCAAAAUUUGAAAUUGAACCAGUAUCAAAACCAAAGCUAGAUUCUGAACAACUGCCACUUAGGCCAAAGUCAGUGGACCUGGAUUCAUUCAUGUCAAGGAGUGCUAAAGAAACAGAUGUUAUAAAUUUUGAUGACAUAGCUUCCUCAGAAAAUUUGUCACAUCUCACUGCAAAUAGACCCAAGAUGCCUGGAAGAAGGUUGCCUGGCCGCUUCAAUGGUGGACAUUCUCCAACUCAAAGCCCAGAAAAAACCUUGAAGUUACCAAAAGAAGAAGAUAGUGCCAGCCCGAAGCCACCCGAGUUCAAAAAGGAUCCCAGCUCCUCUCCAAAGUCAUCUUUUUCAACUCCUUCGAGUGCUUCUAGAGCUGGUCCAAUGGCUUUCCUAACUCCAUUAGAAAUCAAAGGGAAAAUAGAGGCAGAUGAUGGGAAAAAACAUUCCCUGGAUGAACUUCGAGCCCAGAUCAUUGAGUUGCUGUGUAUUGUAGAUGCACUGAAAAAGGAGCAUGGGAAAGAAUUGGAAAAACUGCGCAAAGACUUGGAAGAAGAGAAGGUACUCAGGAGCAAUCUGGAGGUUGAAAUAGAAAAACUGAAAAAAGCUGUCCUGUCCUGAGGUGGUGUGGGCAGUUACUCUUGACAUUCAGGAUUUAGAAGCAACACUAUGAAUAUCAACUGACUUCUUACUCAGAUAACAAAUGCUGACGUUGUAAUAAAGUUAUGAGUAUAUGAACUAUAUUUCUUGAAAAGUUAGGGAAAUGGAUUGAUUAUAUAUAUGUGUAUGUGUAAAUAUAUAUAUAUAUAUAUGUAUGUUUGUUUUGCCAAUAUGAAAAAAAGAGGCCUUAUUUCUUACUGUGCUGGGAUUGCAAACAUUUUUGUUGUUGUUUGCUUGAAAAUACUACUGAAUCUGUAUAAAAAGGAAAGAAAGUUCACAAUAAUUUUUUAUUAAAACUUGUAUUAUUUUUAAAGAGGUCUAUACUAUAAAUAUGGAAGUAUCUUUACAAAUAAUCUGUAAGAUAAGAUUUUGAGAGGGACACAUUAGCUUUAUAGUCUGUAAUCACUACUUUUCCCAUCAUACAUAAGGGAUGUGAGCUUUAUAUAUACAUACAUAUGUAUAUAUAUGUAUAUUUUUACUUUCAGCUUCUUACCCAGGAUGAUGAUAUUAUGCCUGUUUUAUCUGCAGUGCUGUUUAUAUUUUGGGUGAAGAAGUAGGGGUUUCUUGGUGACAGACUAGAUUACUCACCCUUGCAUUUAGUAAUAACUAGUGAAAUCAUACAAAGACCUUCAGCUUUUAGAGUGUUUUAUGUUGCUUGCACUAUAAGAUUCAUACAAAGAAUAUAACUAAAAUGUAUUAAACUAAACAUUUAAGAGAGUAUGAACUUUGUUUUAAAUUCAUGAGGUCUAAGAAAUCUAAAGUUGUCAGAUUAAUUCUUACCUUGUGCCUAAAACCUAUAGCACACAUGAACUACAUAAACACCAGCCUUCUUGCGCAUUCAUUGUGUUGUAUUUAAUUCUUUAUGCUCCUCCCUCUCUCAUGUUUAAUAAUGGCAUAUUAGGAAAACAAAAUCCAAAUCUUUUCAGAACUCCAGAAUGUGGUUCUGUACUUGGACAAGUCACUGUGUAAAUACUCAGGUUUUACAGUAUAUAAUUUAUCCAAGAGACCGAAGUAACUACAUAAUGGUCUUGUUGGUCUGUUGUUUAUGUAAAAUGUUUAGAAAGAGUGUUACUAUUUCAUAAAGUAAAGGUUAUUUAAACCAAAUAUAACUGGCCACAUUAUAGUACAUUUUGGAAUGUAUGAAUAAUGCUUUCUUAGAAGACACAUGGACAGUUGAACAUUUUAAUAUGUUGUAUCUGUAGGAUAAUAAUGCCUAAAAACACAGGUGGGUUUAUUUUAAAGUUAAAGCUUUUUAUUUGUAAAAAUAAUUAUGCCUUAAGCUUUAAUAGAAUGUCAGAUUUUAUCAGUUAUGCUUCCAUUUUUUUGUUUUAACCCACCAAACCAAUAUGUUUCUUGUAGAAUAUAAUCGUAGAGAAAUCUUGCAUAAAUGAACUUUUGUCAUGUUGUUUCCAGUAUAAGAGAACCAAAUUAGAAAAAACAGAGAUGCCAGUAAACAAUUAAUUAAUGUUUAAAUCAUAACUUUUGUGUAGCAGGCUAGCCUGGACCUUGCUGUGUAGCAGAAGAUGAGCUGUAACUCCUUGAAUUCCUUUCCCAAGUGCCAGGCUUACGGGCAUGUGCUACCAUGCGCCAUUCAGUCUUUGAGCUGCUCUUAAGAGGCCACUACUGAACAAAGUUGAUGAUGAGUCAACAAAUUAUUUCCUUCUAGUUAAAUAAAUUAGAUCUUUUAGUGAUAGUGUUUAGAUAAAAAUUAAAGUUAAAAACAUUCCAUUGUGGAAACUCUCCAACUUUCUACUGGAAGAUAGGAAGUUUUCCCUCUGCACCCCAAUACCUGAGUUGUAGGGAAAGGUUCCAGCAGGGUUCAGCCUACGUUUGAAGGCUGUCUUGAGCUCUGUGUGGUGGUAUGCCCCAGCGCAGGAAUGCGGAGGCAGGGAGAUGAUGAAUUUGAAGAUAGCCCAGGUCACUUGGUAACUGCCCCCUCCCCCGAAAAAAGUAAAACACACACACCUCGUAUGCACAAAUCAGGAAUGGCAGUGAGUCCCGACAGCAAGCUUCGCCUUCCCCGCUCCUCAGGCAGAUCAGAAAAGACACAGGCCCUUUCUGUGUAUCUGCUUUUCUGCCCUUGACAAAAUACUAAAACCCAAGCCAGCUUGCACUUACUUAAAGGGAAAACAAUUCCUCUCAUAAAGAAAUUCACCAGUGUUUGCUCUUCAUAUGGGAACGCCUGUUAAUUACUAUUUCCUACAGGGUCUGUCAUGAAAUGGUACAUAGUAACAGAGCUCCAACUUAGACGUCAUUCCUUAGCUUUUCCCACAGAUGACGAUGAAAGACUAAAAGUGACAGCAUGGAAUCAUUCAUUGCCAGAUUAUUAGUGAGGGAGUGUAUCAUUUUUGCUAUUCAUUCAUGUAGAAUACUGAUGUCCUGACUAAGUUCUGAGGUGAUUAUUUCUGUCUUCUUACAAGCCGUUACCGCCGUGCAGGUGUACAGGACUGAAGAUGCGAAGCGAGCACGGGCCUGCUCCACCACUUUCCAAAUGUUCUCACUGUGAUCACAGAAAAGAUUCAAGCGCUCUGUAGAUGUUUGGUUAAAUUCAUUUUAUGCUUGCAUUUAAACUUGAAAUGUAUGAGCAGAAUGAGACAAUCAGUUAAAUUGAGAAAUGAGAAGUGUAAUUUAAUGGCCUUGUGCUGUAGCAAUAAAGUGACCCAAGUGCAAUGACUUAAUAAAAUCAUCUUUCAAAAGUUGCUGCUAUGAAUACUUUCAGUUCCAGAAUUCUACCCUUGCUUUAGCUCACCAUGCCUUCAAUAACUACUGUGUGAUGCAGUUGAUGUUUUGGUAAUCUUAACAUUCCAAAAGAAUAUACCAAUACAUCUGUUUAUUUCUCUCUCUCCGAGCUCAAAGUAAUAUGCUCACUUUUUACAGGUGCUGUUAAAUAAAAAAGGAAAGAAAAGCAUGCUUUUCCCCUAGAAAAAUUAAUAAUAAAACAGAAUCGUACUGCCACUUGUCAGUCCGUGUUGGGUAUUGUUCAUUAACUUUAGCUUAAUUUUGAAAUGUGAUGAAAAUUAUUUUGUAUUACUUUGAAUUUUUCAAACAAAAAAUAAUAAAAGUAUUUCUGUUGAA